CGGUCGCCUGUCGGCUUGCCUUCCUCGCGCUGCCUCGCCCGUGCCGGGAGAAUCUGCCUGCCUCCGCUCCGCCGAGGCUGUCUCGGGGCCGCGUCCUCCGCACUCCCAUCCCCGCCUCAAGUACCCCUCAUGGUGACUCCACAAACCUCUGCAAUGGACCAGUGGAUCUUCAGAGAUAGCCCAGGGAGGAGCAGUGGGAGAGACACGCAUGUCAAAUGAGGCAGAGGCAGCUUGUUUGAUUAACCACCCAGAACCUGUCUCCCCUUGCCCACUGUUUUCCUGGCUCUUUUGGAAGGAGCAGUACCAAAAGGUGAUGGUGAAUUGAAACAAGAUUCUGUAUCAUGCCUUGAAGUAUACAUAUACGAUUGGGAGCCUUCGUUAGAGAAACCAGAGUAAGAGCUAUCCCAUGGACAGUUUAAGAAGUGACUGCAACACAGAUUAAACAUUGGAUAACACUUAAAAGAAGCAGCAUUCUAAUCACUACAUAUUGGAGUUGGCCCUCCUUUGACCCCAGAAACUGAAAAUGAGGUUGCUAUGGGAACUGCUGGUGCUGCAAUCAUUCAUGUUGUGCCUUGCAGAUGAUAACACACUGCAUGGACCAGUCUUCAUCCAGGAGCCAAGCAGUGUUAUUUUUGCACUGGAUUCAGAGGAAAAAAAAGUCAAACUGAGCUGUGAAGCUAAAGGAAAUCCUAAACCAACCAUAAGGUGGAAGUUAAAUGGAACUAUUGUUGAUAUUGGUAUGGAUUACCGCUACAGUGUGGUUGAAGGCAGCUUGCUGAUCAAUAAUCCCAAUAAAAGUCAAGAUGCUGGAACCUACCAGUGCAUAGCAACAAACUCGUUUGGAACAAUUGUUAGUCGAGAAGCUAAACUACAAUUUGCAUAUCUUGAAAACUUCAAAACCAGGACAAGAAGUACAGUGUCAGUCCGACAAGGACAAGGAAUGGUAUUGCUGUGUGGACCACCCCCACAUUCUGGAGAAUUGAUCUAUGCCUGGAUCUUCAAUGAAUACCCAUCUUUUGUGCAUCAGGAUAACCGUCGCUUUGUUUCUCAAGAGACUGGAAAUUUGUACAUAGCUAAAGUGGAGAAAUCCGAUGUGGGAAAUUAUACGUGUGUGGUGACAAACACUGUAACCAACACCAGAGUACUGGGACCUCCUACACCUCUAAUCCUGAGAAACGAUGGAGUGAUGGGUGAAUAUGAGCCAAAAAUUGAAGUUCAGUUCCCAGAAACCGUCCCAUCUGCAAAAGGAUCAACGGUGAGGUUGGAGUGCUUUGCGUUGGGAAACCCUGUUCCAACCAUUAGCUGGAGAAGAACAGAUGGAAAACAAAUCCCAAAAAAAGCUCGGAGGCACAAAUCAAGCAGCAUUCUUGAAAUCCCAAACUUUCAGCAGGAAGAUGCUGGCCUGUAUGAGUGUGUGGCUGAAAAUGUGAGAGGGAAGAAUGUAGCCAGAGGCCAGCUAACAUUUUAUGCUCCUCCCAACUGGGUUCAGAAAAUAAGCGAUGCUCAUGUGGCGAUCGAGGAAAGCAUCUACUGGGAGUGUAAGGCAAACGGGAGACCAAAGCCUUCUUACAGCUGGCUGAAGGAUGGAGAACUGCUUAUCCCCCAGGAGAGAAUUCGUAUAGACCAUGGCACACUCGCCAUAACCAAUGUGAACCUGUCAGAUACCGGCAUGUAUCAGUGUGUGGCAGAAAAUAGACACGGCGUCAUCUAUGUCAGCGCAGAACUGAGUGUAAUCGCUCUUGGACCAGAUUUUUCCAAGAACUUCUUGAAAAGGUUGACUCUUGUUAAAGUUGGUGGUGAUGCAACCAUUGAGUGUAAGCCUAAAGCUUCCCCAAGGCCUGCAUUUACUUGGAAGAAAGGAAAAGAAAUCCUAAGAGAAAAUGAGAGAAUCACCAUUUUUGAAGAUGGAACUCUGAAGAUUGCCAAUGUCACCAAAGCAGAUGCUGGAAGUUAUACAUGCACAGCAACAAAUUAUUUUGGGACAGCCAGCAGCACUGGGAACCUCAUGGUGAAAGAUCCAACACGAUUCAUGGUGGCACCUACGGGCAUGGAUGUCACCGCUGGCGAAAGUAUUCUUCUGCCUUGCCAGGUAUCUCAUGAUCAUCCACUAGACAUUGUGUUUACUUGGUCAUUUAAUGGACACCUGAUAGACUUUGAAAAAGAUGGGGAUCACUUUGAAAGAGUUGGAGGGCAGGAUUCAGCUGGUGAUUUGAUGAUCAGAAGCAUCCAGCUGAAUCAUGCUGGAAAAUACGUCUGCAUGGUGCAAACAAGUGUGGACAAGCUAUCGGCUGCUGCAGACCUGAUUGUAAGAGGCCCACCAGGUCCACCAGAAGCUGUGACAAUUGAUGAAAUCACAGAUACUACAGCUCAGAUAUCUUGGAGACCAGGAGCUGAUAACCAUAGCCCCAUUACAACAUAUGUUAUUCAAGCAAGGACACCCUUUUCUGUAGGAUGGCAAGCAGUUAAUACAGUGCCUGACGUCAUUGAUGGGAACACAUUUACAGCAACGGUGGUGGGUUUAAACCCCUGGGUUGAGUAUGAAUUCCGGGUAGUUGCAGCCAGCCUGAUUGGGAUUGGAGAGCCAAGCAAACCAUCAGAGAAGCGGAGAACUGAAGAGGCUCUUCCUGAGGUCACCCCAGCCAAUGUCAGUGGAGGUGGUGGUACUAAGUCUGAAUUAGUUAUAACCUGGGAGACAGUACCUGAAGAGCUACAAAAUGGAGGUGGGUUUGGUUAUGUGGUUGCGUUCCGUCCACUUGGUACAAUUAGUUGGAUGCAGACCGUAGUGGCUUCUCCUGAUGCUUCCAAGUAUGUGUUUCGGAAUGAGAGUCUACCACCAUUUUCACCAUACGAGGUCAAAGUGGGUGUUUACAACAACAAAGGAGAAGGCACAUUCAGCCCCGUCACAGUGGUUUAUUCAGCAGAUGAAGAACCCACCAGAGCUCCAUCCAGCAUCUUUGCAAAAAGCCUUUCUGCUUCAGAGGUAGACGUAUUUUGGUCCUUGCUGCCAGAAACUCAGAGCAAAGGAAGGAUACAGGGCUAUGAGGUUAGAUAUUGGAAACAUGGAGAUAAGGAAGAACAGGCUGGAAAAAUGAAAACCAUGACCAAUCAGACGUUUGCAAAAAUCACCAACCUGAAGGGCAAUACUUUGUAUCACAUGGCAGUCAAGCCCUACAACACGGCAGGGAUGGGGCCUUCAAGUGCUAUAGUCAAUGUGACCACCAAAAAGCCACCACCGAGUCAACCUCCUGGAAAUAUUAUAUGGAAUUCAUCUGACUCCAAGAUUAUACUGAACUGGGAUCAAGUGAAAGCGCAGAAUAAUGAAUCUGAGGUGAAAGGAUACAAAGUUUUCUACAGAUGGAACAGGCAAAGUAGUACCUCCAUUAUAGAAACUAACAAAACAUCUGUGGAGCUUUCACUACCCUUUGAUGAAGAUUAUAUCAUAGAAAUAAAGCCAUUUAGUGAUGGAGGAGAUGGCAACAGCAGUGAGCAGAUCCGAAUCCCAAAGAUGUCCAGAUAUGCGAGAGGGUCAAGUGCUUCAACUUCAAAUGCCUGUACAUUGUCAGCCAUCAGCACAAUAAUGAUUUCCCUCACAGCCAGAUCAAGUCUAUGACAAAAAAAAAAUCUGAAGGACUUCCUGUUUAUGAUAUAACUAAGCAACAUUUAGCUAGUUGUUUUGAAGACACCCAGUACUAAGUAAUAUUGUUGUUCAAGUACAUCUUACUACUGGAAAAAAAUGUUUUAUGCUUCUCUAGGAAUGGCAUUAUAUUGUACUUCCUCAAAGCAAAUAUAGCUUUGUCUGAAGUUUCCUUGGAAACUCCGCAAUGCACUGAAAACAUCUGUAAUAUGAUGUUACCAAAGCAGUUUACAUAUGUCCUUAUAUGCAUAUUUUUUAUUAUAUAUUUAGUGUUUUAUAGACUUUUUUAAAGUUAACAUAAUGAUGUAGAUAUUAAUUUCUUUUCUCCUCUGCUAUGAAAUGCUACUGAUGACAUUAACAUUGCAAAUAUAUAUAUUAUUUCGGAAUGUUUAAAUGGCCAGAAGGUCGUGGUUCUCAGUAAAUUGGUUUCAUAUUGAUUGUAUAGUUUUACAGGAGUGCACACUGACUGAUUUCUGUUGGCUUUGAUUCAUCCGUGACAGCCUCUGGACACAGACAGGAUGGAAUCUCCAUAGGCAUUCCAUAUCUCCCCUCUCUUUCCUCCUUGCCUUGGCCCUCAUGUUUGCUGCAGCUGUUUAAGGUGCAUACUGGUGCAGUAACAUGAUACGGGAGAUAGCCUAAGAUACCCUUCAUGUUGUUAUGUAAUGACUCACUCCUCCUCAGGUCCAAGAGCAUAGGCCAUUCCCACAAAGAGGAGAUAGGAGUGUGCUAUUUUGUGACUGUUAAGUCAGGAGUGCUCUAAGGCAGUGGUCCCCAACCUUGAGUAACCCAGGUGUUCUUGGACUUCAACUCCCAGAGACUCAAACCAGCACAACUGGUGGUGCAGGCUUCUGGGAACUGCAGUCCAAGAAUAUCUGGGUAACCCAAGGUUGAAAUACCACUGCUCUUAAGGUGUAGAUUUCCUCCCCUGGAAGGGGCCUAGACUCAGUGAUCUUGGGCUCCCUUCAAGCUCUACCCUUCUAUGAUUCUAUAUCCCUGCCACAGCAGGAGAGCCAACUGAGGGCUGGGGGAGGGAAGUAAAGAGGAAAUGCCUUUGAAGAUCCCCUCUGUGUAGAGAAGGGGGCUGACUAAGCUGCUGUUAGGAUGAUCUUGCUUAUAUCUACGUAUUAUUUUUCCCAUAUAAGGUUUCAUUUUUGAUUCAUGAUUAAAUGAAAAUGUAUUUGCUUUUAAGUUACUGUAAAUCAACUGCAUAUCUGAUACAUUGAUGAUGCUUAGCAAGAUUUCAUUUGAAUGUACCGAUUUACCUUUCUUUAGCAUUUAACGAACAUUAAAUUGAUGUUGAUUCCAUUUUGCUGUAAUCGUUCCUAUAGUAAUGCGGGAGAGACAUUCCUAUAGCAAGGAAUACAAUUCUGAAUGUGGUGAAGAUCUGAAAAUCUACCAAUUGGAUGGUAUAAUUCUGGACUCAUUUUCAUCAGGAAGGUCUGUGCCUGGGAGACUUUAAAUGAAGAACAAUUCUGCUGAUUUUUUUUUGUCUGAAUAUAGAUUUCUUUUGACAGGUAUUUGUCUACUGUAAUUCUCUUUAGGUUGGUUUCAUAAACUAAAUUACAAUAUUACCUGUGUUUAUAUUAUCUUGUUUGAUAAUUGGGCAUAAGCAAAAUGUAAUAAUAUUCCAGUGAACACUUCUCCAAAAGGCCUUGUUCCAUUAAAAAAACACCAUAUAUACAGUGUGUCUGGGUUUCUCUAUGCCCUUCCAUUUGGCUUCUUUAUUUUAAGAUUUCAAUGACUCUUAGCUAUUUGCUAGCACGAUUGAAAUCUGCAGUCUUCUGUACUGAAGAUCAAGGUUACAUUCCUUGACUAGGUCAUCAUAGUUUAGCAUGUUGAUAAAAUUCCAUUCAGAUAUGACAAUGAGUGUAGUCUGUCAUGAAUUUUUCUUGUGCAGCCACCUUUCAUUCCAAUAAAAUUUGUGGUGGAGCAGAGCUUGGUGAAUGCCCCAAUCCAGUGACUUGAGUGUGUAUGCAGUGGUUUUCACGCACCCAUGAAGUUCUGCAAAAGCUGUGCAGAACUCCAUCUGUGCACCAGCAUCCAACAGUACUGGAUUGUGGCCAACAUUUAUAAGAAAAAAAUAUAUUAAUAUAAAGAGGUUUGUUACUACAGGAAAUUUUUGUAUGUAUCUUCAGAUGGAUCAAUAAUUAAAGGUAAUGAACUUUUCUAUUAAGUUUUCCCAAGCUUAAAAAUGCACUGCAGAGGUUUAUAAUUUGUUCUUCCUGAUAGCUGAAAUUUGCCUGUAACUUGUCUGUUUUGCUUCCAGAACAAUACAAACUAACUUUUAAACCUUUCAAAAAUAUAUUUAUUAAGUAACUCAUAAUCAGGAUUCCACUUGUGUAAGUCAGGGGUGUUAACCAGAGAAAUAUUGUCAGUAUUUCAAGCUGUGUUCCUUUCUUAGUUUGAUAUGGCUACUUCUAUGUAAAAACAAAAACAAAAACGCAAAAAAACACAAAAGAAAGAAAAUGAAAGAAAAAAAAGCUUAUGUAGUUUUUUUCUCCCCAGUGUAAAUGAUAUUUAUCAGUGAUCUAGCAGAUGUAAUCUUUUUUAAAGUUAUUGGUAAUAAAUAUUCUGUUAUUUGUAAACAU